AGCGGGGGAGGGAUGGGGUCGGGCGGGGUGGUGAUGGCCGGGAAGACAACACCUCGCCACAGUCUAGGUCAGCCUGAGAGUGAAGAGGACGUCGCCCCCCACACACACACUCGCUCAACAUUAGGCUAGGCCUAUGGGAGAUAAGAUGACUUCCAAUCAACAGAUUCUUCAAAAGGCCCGUGAGGCUUUUAUGUCCGGUAAAACAAGAGAUGUUGAAUUCCGAAAGAAGCAGUUAAAAGCCCUAAAGCGAAUGUACGAAGAAAAUGAGGCUGCAUUUUGCACUGCUUUGGCGAAAGAUCUGAAUAAGCCAAAACAAGAGAGUAUACUGCUUGAGCUAAACCUUCUGAAAGAUGAUAUUAGGCAUAUUCUUGCCCGUAUUGAUGGUUGGGUGAAACCAGAAACAUUAUCACCCAACCUCGUAACCUUGUUCGACAAGCCUGUGAUUUAUCAUGACCCCUAUGGUGUAGUACUCAUCAUGGGAGCAUGGAACUACCCAGUCCAGCUUCCUCUCCUCCCAGUAUCAGGUGCUAUAGCUGCUGGGAACUGUGUCAUCAUGAAACCAUCGGAAGUAUCACCUGCAACAGCAGAAUUAAUUGCUGAACUGAUCCCCAAGUAUUUGGAUAAUGAUUGUUUCCAUGUCGUGUGUGGAGGAAUUGCUGAAACUUCGGAGUUGUUGAAAGAACGUUUUGACUACAUUUUCUACACUGGCUCACCCCAGGUGGGCAAGAUUGUGAGAGACGCUGCCAACAAGUAUCUUACUCCUACUACACUUGAAUUAGGUGGAAAAAGUCCACUCUACAUUGAUGACAGUGUUGACAUGGAUGUUGCAGUUCGACGCAUCCUGUGGGGAAAAUGUAUAAAUGUUGGCCAAACUUGCAUUGCACCUGAUUAUGUUCUGUGCUCUAAACAAGUGCAGAAGAAAUUUGUGGAUAAGGCACGAGAUGUUCUGAAGGAAUGGUAUGGUGAAGAUCCUAAGAGCUCGCCUGAUCUAUGCAGGAUUGUGUCCGAAAAGCAUGUCGCACGAAUAGCAGAGUACCUAAAGGAUGGGGAGGCUGUGAUUGGUGGGGAUGUGAAUAAGGAAGAGAGGUGGAUAUCUCCCACAAUUUUAGUGAAUGUCUCUCCAAAAAGCAAGGUGAUGACUGAAGAAAUAUUUGGACCCAUUCUACCCAUUAUCAAUGUUGAAUCCCCAUAUGAUGCUAUACAAUUCAUCAAUGAAAGAGAGAGACCUCUGGCUCUUUACCUAUUUACAAACAAAUAUGACCUAGUUGAGGUUUUUAUGGCGCAAGUUCCUGCUGGUGGUUGUACAGUCAAUGAUGUAAUUUUUCAUGCAGCAGUUCAUGAUUUACCAUUUGGUGGUGUUGGCAACAGUGGAAUGGGUGCAUACCACGGGAAAGCUUCGUAUGAUACAUUCACCCAUCGCAAAUCUUGCCUCAUUCGGAACUACAACAAGAUUGCCGAUGCUAUUGGGAAGAAGCGUUACCCACCAUACAGUGAAAAGAACAUGAAGUUCCUCUCUAACAUGUUGAAAGAACAUUCACUCCCAAGCUUAAAAUACAUGCCAUACCUCAUUGCUUUUGGCCUCGGUGUUGCUUCAGUGUUUGCAGUCCAGCAAAUUGCCAAGGGUGGUUUUCGAGAAUGGAUGAAUCAUAGAAUUGGUUCAGCUGUUGGGUUAAUUCCACGAUCCCAGACAUAGGUCAUAUACACAAAUUAAUCUUCUUGCAUUACACAUAUAUUCUGUUUUUCCAAGCUGUUGGUACAGAUGAGGACUAAAUGCACACGCACACAUUACCAUGUGCGCACACACGACGACUGAGCGCACACGUUCGAGGGAUCCGAAGAUACACAUUUUUUUUUUUAAUUUUAAGUACGUGUAGUUGAGCACCUAUAUGAAUAAUUUGAAUGUUUUAUAGAAAGUAUUCCUAGAUUUCGUAUUUAAUUGGAGGGAGUGUUAUGUUUUUGUUAAGGGUAUUGUUUUUAUGUAAUUAGCUAUAUUGUAGUUGCACAGUAGUAAUAGUAGUUUUGUUUUAGAUGCACAAACUUUGAUGCAUAAACUUUCAUUGUUGUCUGAUAUUUCAUAUUGCAACUAUAAUUAGAUAACCUUAGUUGCUAUUUAUGACUGCCUGGAGAAAAUGUUUAUUAAAUUUGUUUUAAAUGUUUUGUAUUCAUUUAUUAUUCAUAUUAUAAUUUCAGUCCUAAAUAGUAUUUAUUACUACUAUUACCAUUGAGAAACUUUUAGGCUGUUACAGAGCAAAAGGAAAUUGUUAUAAUAAAGGAUCGAGUACUACAGUAGUCGGCUGUGCUAGGUGCCAUGGGCUCGGUGUGUUAAGUGAAGAUUACCUUGUAGGCUUGUCUUUGUAUAAAUUAUCAAGAGGAGUAUCGAGAUGAGUUAUGCAACAGAGCAUGUUGCCAUAUUGUCAUUGCAUGUCUAUUCCAACUAGUUAUUACAGCAGUUAUGUAGUUAAUAAUAUACAUAUAUAUAUAUUUUAUAUACAGUACCAUUAUAUUCAACAGUUGAUAUAUAGUAUAAGUGCCAAUUUUCUGUUUUAUUUUCUUAUAGAUUUAAUCAUUUUAAUCACUUGCCCACUGGAAGAUUGACAAGAUUUUAAAAUGAGCUUAAUUAAAUCUGCAUUGAUAUUGUAAAGGUCAUGUAUAUUAGGAGAAUAUGUUAUGCUUGGUUAUUUAAUUUUAGGUUUUUAAAUUCUAUAAUGAUUAGCUCUUUGUUAAUAAAAUACCUAUAUGUGCUUGGCAGACUGAGCUUCACAGGAGCUAUAUAGAAGUGAUAUAUUGCCUAUGCUUGGUAAUCUGAAUCAUAAGAUGUCCUGCCCCAUUUGAGUUAGCCGACCAUAUGAUAUAGCCGAGUUUCUUGCCAGGAAUGGCUAAAAAUAAACAUUCAACAUUUUUUGUAUCACGACUCUGCUACUCUUGCCUUUUUUCCUGGUUCCUCCAGCUGUUUGCUUAAAAAUGAUGAACACCAAUUCAUUAGUUACUCAAAGAUUUGGGAUAUCGGAUUUUCAGAUUACCGAGCUCUUGUAUGAUAGAAGGAAAUUUGGAGGAAAAAUAAUUUGUUUUCAUUUUUCUGUAAAAGUAUAGAUUUUAUAUUAUAUUACAAUUUAAUUGGAAGCUCUAGUUAAAUAAAACAAAUGAUAAGAA